AUGUCAGAAGAAGAAGUUAUAGCUAAUGAUAGUUCAAAUACGAACGUUGAUUCCGAUGUGGACGAACAGAGAGAACUUCUUGAAACAAGAACAGCUCAAGAAUUAUUUGAUAUGGGUAGAUUGGAAUUUAAAGAAAACAAAAAUUAUGACGUAGCAGCUGAACGUUUUUCAAUGGCAGUCGAAAAAAAAGUCAAAGAAUUAAAUAUUGAGGGAAGUAUUCAUAGCGAUUUAAGAGAAUUUUAUUUAAGUUUUGCUGAUGCUUUGCUCACAAAAGAGGAGGAAAAAAAUGAUCUGUUUGAAUUCUUAAAAAGAAAAAAACAAGUUGAAGUGUCUGAUAAUGAGGAAGCCGCAGAUAAAGAAGAGGAAGUUACCGACGAACAACUUGCCUUUGAAAUGUUCGAAUUCGCAAGAAAAUGUUUUGAAAAAUUAUUAGAAGAGAAAAAGGAUGUACCUAAAAGGGACAUUCUAAAUUAUACUUAUGUCUUCAUAAGGUUAGGAGAUAUUAAUUUAUUAAAUCACUUUUUUUUCGAAGCCCUAAAGGAAUAUGAAAAAUGCGUUGAUCUACGAGAGAAAUACAAAGUUGGAGAUGAAAAUUUAAUCGCACCUUUAAUAUCAUUAUCACAAAGUUAUAUGUUUUGCGGAAAGAGAAAAGAAGCAGUAGAAUACUUUGAAAAAGUAAAAAAGAUAUUAUUAGAUGUAAGACAGAAAACAACUCCCCUUCCAGAAAAUACAAAUGAAAAAAUUAUAAGAGAUACUUAUGAUGAUGUGCAAAUACAAAUAAAUGAUCUUAAAAGACAAAUCGAAGAAGAAGGUGAAGAAGGAAAAGAGUUAGGAAGCCAAACUAUAGCUAAAGAAUUGGUCGUAACAACAAAAUCCGAAUUUGAUAAAUCUGUCUUAAAUAAGGAAAAAGCUGAAGUUACUAAAAUUACCGUAUCGACAGUUAACAAUGAAGAACAUGUUGCCAAAAAAAGAAGAAUUAAUCUUUCUAAUUAUAAAAACUAA